AUGUAUAACGAGAAAAAUUACAUACACGAAAUAAACGAAAUUCGUUCUGGUUUACAAAAUUCAACAUUUGAUCAAGUUGUCAAUCAUGAUAUUGCCGAUCGAAAUCAUGAACAAUAUGCUUUCUCUCUCUACUACAAUAAUUAUCGUGAUGAACUUCAUUUAUCUGCAAAAGAUGAAAGUACAAAAAAUAUGUGGAUACAAGGUUUACAACAUCUGAUCGAUUCGCAUGCUCUAAAACAACAACGACAUGUUAUUAACGAGACAAAGUAAGACGUUUAAUUUCAUUAAAUAGUCUGAUACUUGUUCGUUUGUUUAUUUUUGUUUUUUACGAAUAUUCAGGGGAAAAGAUAGUAUUAUAACUCCAUAGCAGAGCUGCCACCUUUUCUGCUUUUUUAAUAUCGUGUUAUUUAUAUUUUUAACCAAGAUUUUUUUUAUCUAGAAGUUUUUUUUUCAUAAUUAUAGAAAAAUCCUUAUCAAUAGAUACUGGUAGCCUUGUUUUAUUCUAAUUCUUUCAAUUUUACAAAAAUGAUCUGUAUUUUCUACUGACUAGAAAUAAAUAGCAAUGUAUAUUUUUGGUUUUUAAUCUUUUCUCAAUUUAUGUUUCUCUUUCUAUUGUAUUUUGUAUUAGCCAUCUAUUCCGUACAAACCAACAUAUACAUUCUUUUGUGUAUUGGGUUGAUAAGCAUAAAUAAUUAAUAUGAUUAGUAAUGACACAGGGAUAGAGAAACUAAGUGAAGAUGAUAAUGACAGCACGAUUACUAAGGAAAAUAAUAUCAAAAUAUUAGUAGUUGCUGAACAAAUACCCAUGUGUUCGGAAGUUGAACCAAAAAGAAAGGAAAUCGAAGCAAAGCGUGUUUCACAAAGAAUGGCUUAAAAUCGUCGAAUAUCAAAGAGUUUUAAAAGAAUAUAAAUUACACUCAUCUCAGGCAACAUGUAUUGUUUGUAAUCAACAAUUCUCUGUACAUUACUGAGAGAAAACUGAUGAUGACAAUCAUAUAAACACUUAGAAACACAAAAAGCACAUGAAGUCUUAUGAUUUUAAUCAACAGUUAUUUGAAAUUCCUCUUCAUCAUGUGCUGAAACGUAUAAAUAUUUAUUAGGUAGUCAAUAUUUAUUAGAACACCUCCUCAAAAAAGUGCAUUUUCGUCAAAAACGUCAGAAAGUAGGUAAAUGCAUGAAAAGAUAGCCUGCAGUGUGAUCUUUCAAAAAAAGUAUGGUUUUUAAUUUAAUACUUCAUGUUUGCCCGAAAUUAAUCAUGAUUUUCAUCAUCUUCUGCAAAAAAAUAGAGUUUUUUCGUAAAAAACAGGAGAUCUUUUUCACUUUUUCUUAGAUCAUCUUGUCUCAAACACACAGGCGAGAAUUCUCCGUUCAUGCUAGCAUAAUACCUAACUUUUUUUUUAUUGAAAGAGCAUGUCAAGAUGAAGUGCAUCAAAGAGUCUUUUUUUUUUAGAUAAGCUUUUUUAUUAUCACAUAAGAACAUAUGUCUAUUGAAAAAUAUCGAUUUUUUUGUGAGGGUGUGGGUGUGGGUGUGGGG